AUGGGUCAACCGAUAGCCGAGUCGAGCACUCUGUUGAACGCUCAGAUAGGCUUCCUAGUAAGUUCGCGGACGCGAAAGAGUUAGACCAGUAAUCUGGGCUAACUGAAUCGAUAGAAAACGCACCUCGCGUUGAUACAUCUUCCGCCGUCGGCAUUGCCGCUGUUUCUACAACCAAUACUGACACUACUACUCCACAAUGACCAGAAAGAUGAGCAAGGCAAUACCAUCGAGCCACACCGAUCCUGGAACUUCUGGCAUCCAUUCGUCAACGUGUCGAUUACUCCCAAUGAAGUCUCCAUCGUCUGUCCUCGUGAGCAAGCAGAGCUGCUCUUCGCGCCUUUGGUCGACAAUCUGAGCCCUGCUCUGCGAAAGUCAGUGUCAAUAAGCAGAGAAGACUACUCUGUUAUUAUGAUCGGAGGGGAGGGCCUAGAAGCUGGACAGCGAGUACUCGACCUAACAAGCCCCCUGGCCAUAGCCGGAAUCCCCAUCUUCUUCAUCACAAGCUACUACUCCGACUUCAUAGUCGUGCCAUUCAGUUCCCGACCAAAAGUCAUCCACACGCUGGAAGAGCGCGGCUUCGUCUUCGAAGCAACCGACGCAGACGGCGAGGCUGGACAAAUGACAAACCCUCAGUCACCACUCACAAACUCUCACCACCGGCCAGGUUCAUCGACAUCAUUUGACUGGCCGACCGCAAGCUCUCCCCCGCCGACCUCGGUCUCGGAACUACAAUCGAAGACCUUCAAAACGCUUGCCAGGAAUAACAUCCAACCUACCGUCGACCAGUCGAUAGAGCUGAUCACUUGCGCCGGAGUCAAGGACAGUAUCCACGCAACCCAGAUCGCCCACUUUCGCGACGGGAAACUUCACCUUGGCAUCGCCAAAUGUCUCACUUCUUUCCCACCGCCCGACUUCUUCUCCAUCACAUUGACAGACUCCGAAUCCGCAUCCCUUACGAUGGAAAAGCGUCUGCUCGAACAUUUCCCGAAUGAAGGCGAGGAUGUCUUACUUGGGAUCGAUGGACCCGAACAAGUCCUCAUCACGUUGGAUCUGAAAGACCUCCCGCUUGAAAGCACGGGUAUCGUGUGCGGGGUCUCGAGUCGCUUGACGGAUGCGAUGCGAAGGAGGAUAGGGAGGGAGAUGUUCAAUAUGAGUUAUCUGAGCACGUCGAGGGCGGGACAUGUCAUUGUGUAUGAAGAUGAACUGGAGGACGUCAUGGAUGCUUUGAAGGGGGUGCAGGUCAAUGGGGUCCAUAGUUGA